AUGGGUCCUAAUUGGGCACACCUCGUGAGAUUCAUCGGCGAAGAAGAUGGCCAAACCCACCUUGGCGAAGUCGAUCCAAACAAGUAUCCAGAUGUUGGGAUCGCAAUACUUAACGGCGAGAGAGUUGCGGUCAAGUUGAUCAAAGGGUCGAUCUUCGAUGGCAGGGUAACAGACACAACUAUGCACAUUGCCAGGCUUCUGGCUCCCAUUGGAAUUGAAGAAGUGCCCAUUAUCCGGUGCAUGGGACUCAACUAUCGCGACCAUGCCAAAGAGGCGAAUAUGCCCAUUCCGGAUGUACCGGUCGUCUUUAUCAAACCGCGCACGGCACUCAACGGACCCCAUCCUGCAAAGAUAAACGUGCCCAAGAUUGCACAGGAUGGCUCCAGCGACUACGAGGCAGAGCUAUCGAUUAUUUUGUCUAAGACUGGUCGAGAUAUUCCCGAGUCAGAGGCCAUGGAUUCAAGAACAGCCAGUGGUCCUUUUCAAAAGGCCUUGACGGAUCUUGUCCACUGGGCCCCGUCCUUGUGUCUCCCUCCGCCAUCGGCACCCCGCAUAAUCUGCAAAUUAGAGCUAUCCAUAAUGGCAAUGUGGUGCAAGACUCAAACACUAGGUCCUGGAAUCGGCGCUAUGCGUAACCCCAAGAUCGUCCUGAAACACGGCGAUGAUAUGAGAGUGGAAAUUGAGAAAAUCGGGACUUUGAUCAACGAAGUCUACUAUGAGUAA